AUGACAUCUACUAAAUUUAUAGUAAUUCUAUUAUUCAUCGCAGUUAAUGCGAUCUGUUCAGAGGCUUGUAGUGGAGGCGGAUGCAAACCGGAACCAAAACCUGCUCCACUGAAAGCUGCACCACCAUGUAACUGUCAGUGUCCAAAACCAGCUCCGUGUCCAGUGACUACAAAUACACCAACUUAUCGUCCAGCUCAAUUUUCAAAACCUCAACCACCAGCUCAAAAUCCAAAACCUUUUUCUUAUCAACCACCAGCUUAUAAUCCAAAUUCUGGAUACAAUCCAGCACCAGCUCAAAGUCCUGGAUACAAUCCAUCACCAGCUUAUAAUCCAAAUUCUGGAUACAAUCCAGCACCAGCUCAAAGUCCUGGAUACAAUCCAUCACCAGCUCAAAAUCCAAAUUCUGGAUACAAUCCAGCACCAGCUCAAAGUCCUGGAUACAAUCCAUCACCAGCUCAAAAUCCAAAUUCUGGAUACAAUCCACUAACACCUCCAGGACUUUCUGGAAACUAUCCCGGUUAUCAAUACUCAAACAACCCAAAUCAUCCUAGCCAUGUUCCACUGUUUACUGCCUUCCAUGAAAACGAAAAACCGAAAAACCCCCAGCCUUCGAAUAAUGAAGCUGAAAAACCAACUGUUACUCCUCUUGGAUACGGUUUGGAGGUGAUUAAUUCCCAGCACAACAGAACUGAAGAAGGAUGGUCAAAACACACUUCCAGCAAGCAUACUUGGUGA